CUCCCCUCUUCAUGUCCACUGUGCAUCGAUUAUCGGCACCUGUCCUCCAGAUCGUCGUGCGGUCGUGCCCGGAGCUAGCUCUGCGGCCCCUCCACUAAGCACCAUACAUGCAGCGCUUUCUCCGCCUCCUGAUAUUGGUCGCGCUGGGUGAAGGUUUCCUGCCACCUUCUCAGUUUUUUGCUGGUCGUCUCCCCCCCCCUCGCUCUGCUGUCGGGCUCGAUGGCCGUCCCUCCUUGUCUUUUUGUUGGCAUAUUCAUUAUAAUGUAUGUACACUAUUUCAGAAAAUAACAGCGGGCCACAGUCUCACUUCAAUCGAACAUGUUUUCUGAAAGAGCUUGCGUCCAACGGAGGCCCCUCUGCAAUCAAGCCUGAUGAGCUCGGCAACCUCCAGGUGAAGACCGUGGGUCGCCCUUUUGGCCCUCACAAUCGCCCAGCGAUGCAAA